CAUUGUCAAUUUGUCAUUCAGUAAGUGGAGUGGGACCAUGAAUCAAUUACAAUUUCCCCGGCCCCAUGUACUUCUAGACGGGCACGUUCCACUCUGAAUCCCUCUCUUCAUUUUUUUUUGGGUUUGGAUCCAUGUCCAUCUGCAUUCUGCACUGUUUCUCCUGCUCUGCUCACGUCUAGUGAGUAGUGGCGUUUCAUUUGUUACUAGUAGCAGCAGCUGCUCUCCAUCUGCAUGCACACUGAUAGAUAGAGAUAGAUAUCGCCCCAGCCAAGCCAGCUCCUUAGUCCUUCCACCAUGUUUGACUGCUUGGACUACACUGCUUUUGUUUUUCUUCUACUCCUCUCUUUUCCUGCCUCCCACAUAGAUAUUAGCUAGAAUAGAUUAUAGAUGGAUGGAUCGAUAUAUAGAAGAAAAUAAAUUCAUACGAAUCCUUUUCAGUCCACUGAUAGAGACUUUCCCCAGCUCUUUUUCGAUUGAUCGAGUCUGAGGCUCAGCAACUUCACCAGAGCCCAGAAUUUGGCUCCCUAUCUCUAGCUACACCAUGAAAACCCAUCACCCCAAGCUCAAAAGCCCACCUCGUCCACUCUUCUCUUGUGGUAUCUUUAGCUACUGCACUCAAACAGUACUUAGCCCCACUACUACUCAGACCCCAACCCUCCCUGAACCGGCUUCUGACACACCCCCACCUCCUCUUCCUCCUCCUCCGCCUCCGCCUCAACUUUCCACACCACCGUCCCGGCCUCAUCCGGAGUCUGAGUCGUCUUCGUCUUCUACCUCCCAAAGCUUUACACAAUGGCGAUUCCCGUUGCCACAAUCCCCGGUCGUACAUCAUUACGCAUCAGCCGAGUUGGACGCACCUCUGGAAUCCACGUCUGCCCAAUUACCCAAAGCCUUACCGGAGACCGACACACCUCUGCCACUGGUCUCCAACCUCGAAGAGCUCUUCCACGUGGCGGAACUUCAGUUCAGCACCGGCUCUGACAGUGCUCGGCUUUCAGCUCUUCACCUGCUUGAACGUUCUCUUGUGCCGAAUCCGCCGGCUGAUGGAAGCCGAGACCCCACCUGCCCGCCGUCGGUAAUGAGUGGGGUGGUAAGAUUUCUGAAAGAUCCGGCAGGUGCCAAGCCUGCAACAAAAGUUCUGCUGGCAUUAUGCCUGGCAGAAUGCAAUCGUCACGUCGCCGUGGAGGCGGGAGCAGUUGCAGAGGUGGUGGAGACAGUGGCGGAGCUAGAAGGAUCGGCGGCAGAGCGGGCGCUAGCUGCGCUGGAAUUGCUAUGUACGGUCCCAGAGGGAGCUUCGGAGCUGAGGGCCCACGCCUUGGCCGUUCCAAUGCUGGUAGAGAUGGUAACGAAGAUGGCGGGAAGAGGGAAAGAGCAUGGGAUAAGUGUUCUGGCAGUGAUUUUUGGAGGGGGUGGCGAGGAGGGGGUUGCUCCGCCGGAAGAGGUUGGUCGAGCAGUGGUGCUAGCGCUACAGGGAGAGUGCAGCGCAAGGGCGAGGAGGAAGGGGGCCCAGAUUCUAAAGGUGCUUCAAGAGAAUGGACGGCUGGAUCUGACGGAGGACGGGCGCUGAUGAACGUUGAUGGACUUUUGUUCUUUUGGCAUACAUAGGCAGACGACAGACGUAGAGUAGAGGAGAGAGAGAGACCAUCUUUUUUUUUCUUCUUUUUCGUGUUUUGUCCUAUACUCCUAUAUUGAAUUUAUGUUUAAUAUUCUACAAUUCUACUUGGUAUUUUGUAGCUGAAUGCCUGAAACCCUUCACAGAAAAUGAAGUGUGGGAGUCAGAUGCCGGCAGCACAGAGAAACAAAAAAGGAAUACUUUAUACAUGUGAUGGGAUGCCGGCGACCCAACUCUCUCGGAUUCGCGUGCAGUGGUUUGUGUCAUUGUGAAUGUGUGUGAGACAUUGUAAAUUGUAAUUAAGUUCGCAGUCCACACCUCGCAGGGGUGCAAUUUGGGCAGGCAGGAAUUGGACUUUUGUCAAAAUUUAAAUGGGUCCCGUCCCGGCCCAUAGGGUCUAAUCAAACCAGUGGACAAUGUAAACUUAGGCCCAUCCAAGUUGCACCACUAUUAAACAGGGCCGGAACGUGUAGCGUAGCAGUGUAGGUCAUGAGGUGACACAGCAAGAGGCAACUAACAAGGCGAAGGACCAGUGGUGGUGUAUCAGAUUCAGGCCACGUAUUUGAAUUUACAAAGUGGACGGGCUGGAGGUCUAUUUAUUAGUGUUGAAGGCUAAUUCAUCAUAUUGACGUAUGUUGGAACAAAAACGGCCAUCCUUGGUAGUUGGUAUGGGUCUCAAGUCUCAACUAGGGGCAACGUCAUAAGGUUACUUCUGCUUGCUAUCUUGCCAAACUCUGUCUAUAGUAUAAUUCACAAUGCACAGAGCUAGGGAUGUAAACGAUAUUCAAAAGUUGGAUUUUGUAUUCAUUAUUUAAUAUAAUCACAUCAAAUUUGGACGGC